AUGGGCGUAUUGAACGACCAAUUCGAUUUGUCCGGCGUCGGCAACUCCUUGGACGCGUUCGUGCACAUAAACCCGCACCUUUUGCUGGCGGUUUUCUUACCGGCGCUGAUAUUCGAGUCCAGUUUUUCCAUGGAGUGGCACACCUUGUCGAAAGUUUUGACGAAGAUUUUGAUCUUAGCAGGGCCGGGGGUGUUGAUAAACAUGGCGCUUACGGCGACGGUUUUGCACGCGUUUCCGUUCGAUUGGGAUUGGAACUUUUCGAUGAUGGUUGGAUCGAUUUUAGCGGCGACGGAUCCGGUGGCGGUGGUGUCGAUUUUGAAAGAGGUAGGCGCGUCGAAGAUUUUAGGGCACGUGAUUGAAGGCGAGUCGCUGGUGAACGAUGGUACCGCUAUCGUCGUGUUCACGUUGUUUUUUGAGAUUAGUAAAGGCGAACACAAGACUUCGUUGGAUGUGUUUUUGAUGUUCUUGACGCAACCGCUUGGCGCUUUGCUCGUUGGCGUCGUCGCCGGACAGUUGGUUAUUUUUUGGCUCAAGUCGAUAUUCAGAGACCAUUUGGUACAAAUUACUUUGACGCUGUUCGCGUGUUACUUGACGUUUAUGGUUGCCGAGAGCGUUUUUCACGUCUCGGGCGUGUUGGCGUGCGUGAGCAUGGGAUUUUACAUCAGCGCGAAAGGUCGCGUUUUUUUCGUCGGGAACAUCGAACAUACCAUGCACCACUUUUGGGAAGUGUUGACGUAUUGCGCAAACACGUUGGUGUUCGUUUUGACCGGGUUUAUUAUCGCGUCGGAGGUUAUGAACGACGAGUUGGAGUUGAAAUUCUCCGACGCAGGCUGGGGCGUUUUGUUGUACGUGUUUUUAAAUCUCAUUCGAUUCGUGACUAUCUCCAUCUUAUGGAUUCCCAUGAAAUGGAAAACCGGGUAUCAAAUGAGUCGAUCAGAAGGGUUCAUAUGCGUUUGGGGCGGUUUGAGAGGCGCGAUUGGUUUAGCGCUAGGUUUGGUCGUCUUGGAAGAAGACGUCGCGUUCACCGCUCGAGAUCGAGGGUUGGUUUUAAUUUUAGUUUCCUCCGCGGUCGUCGGAACGUUGCUGUUGAACGCGUCGACGAGCGCGUUGAUGUUGCGUUUGAGCGGGCUAUUGAAAGCGGAAAAAUCGCAAGCGUCUGCGUUAACUGCCGCGCGAAGAGCUAUUCACGAACGCGCGAUGGAACACUACGAACAAACGCUCGGUCAAACCGGCGCGCAAUACGUCGGCGCGCCGGAUUUCACCGCAGUCAAACAACUCAUUCCCGCGUUGCGAGUCGUCGACGACCCGCAAAUGGACGAAACAGAGAUGGAGGCGGUGAAAAUUAUCGAACAAGACGCUUUUAUGCGCGAACAGAAUAAAAAUUUGUUGGUCCAGGAAAUUCGUCGUCGAUUUCUCCACGGCGUCCGAUCGGAAGCGUGGAAAAUUUUGGAGGAAGAUUUGUGCGACGCGGUCGUGUGCAGUCACAUCAUGGAAGCCGGUGAAUUCGCGGAAGACGAACCACCUGGGACGUCUUUGACGGAUUUAGACCAUCUCUUGAGAAUGUUGGAACCGAAAGCUUGGAGGAAAAAAUUGAGCGCGAUUAUGGAAUCUAACCAAAUCGGAAAGAAAAUCUUGCAAGGUUUACGCAAAUUAGGCAUCAUCGAGGAACCGUGGAUGGUCGUGAGACGACGAAUGCAAGCGUUAAACGCGUUUUGCGCGGUGCACGAGAGAACGUCCGCGCGAUUUGAACGGCUUUUGUUGGAUUCCAAAGAGAAAGAUGAGGAAGAAGAGGAUGGCGGCGAAGGUACGAGGGCGCACCAUAAAGACGUUAGCGGCGGAGGCGACGAACCCGAUUCCGAUCAUUACUUGACGCAAAGCUCCAUUCAUUCGUUGAAUCAGUUAACGUCUAACUCGCUGACCUCGCCCGCCGGCAGGCGCAAAGGCGGCGACCAAAGGAAAGUCGGCGGCGGCGCAAACAAAGCUUCCGCUACUGGAACAAAUACGCACCGAGGGCCUUCGCGUCGCAGGGUGGACGCCGUCCAACAGUUGGAAGCGGAAACGACCGGAUCGUCUUCCGCAGCCGUUCAAGAACACUUACGCAUCGUGCUCAAAGAAUCCAACGAAGAGUGUGAAAAGGCGAAGGAGUUGUUGAAGAAGAUGCAACAUUCGCACAAUCACGUGGCGAGAGCUUUACGAUCGGAAGAUUUAGCCAGAGAAACGUUGGAAGUCGUCUCGCACGAGAUUGCUCGAUUGACUCGUACGGGUUUGUUGAAACAAGGUGAGGCGGCUAUUUUGUCUAGCGAGCACGCGCAAGUGUUGCGAAAAUUGCUCUCCCAACCGUUGCGACCAUCGAAAACCUCUCCCGGACGCAUUUUAUCCGCCACACCAAUUAUGGACCCAACUGUUAGAUCAGGCGUGACGUCUCGAACCUUGCGCACUCGCAUCGCUCGAGAAGCUGACGUCAUAGAAUACUCCAUCGGCGACGUCGUCGUCGACCCUUCGAAACCGCUGCCAGAGGAAGGUAUUUUGCUCAUAGGCAACGGCGUUUUAGAGAUCAGGACAAUCAACGACGUUCCAGGAGACGAACCGUUAGUGAUUGGGUGUAAAUCGCAUCGAGCAGCGUGGGCGAUAACCGCCUACGAGGAAAUGUGUCGAGAUUCGCGAACUGGGACGUUUAUUCACCGCUCGGGGAUUCAAGCGAUUGCCAAGGCGAAAAUGUUUGGCUUCAUCGUCCCGAGAGCGUUGGCGGAAACCAUUUUUUCGGACGAAAAAGAACGCGAGUGUUUGGAUUCGUACCGAAGAGCCGCGGUAGCGUUGCUCGCGGAAUCGUCGUUGAGACGCGCGGUGAGCGCGGUCGUAUCGCGAACGUCCUGGAUUGAAGGUGGUUUGAGAAAGUUUUCGCCGCACAGAUUCGCGGCGAGAGGAAAAUUUGAAAAAGUAGGCGGCUCGCAAGAGAGCGCCGCCUCGUCGACGACGACUGAAUUUCGAUGCGACGAUCCUUCGAAAAUCAUUGUUUUAAUCAGCGGGAUGGCUCGCGUCGAAGGCGUAGGUAUUGUUAUCGCGCCAGCGAUUCUAGAUUCGAGAUGCGUAGGUAUUCGAGGAGGGACGUGCGGGAAAUCCUCGGCGGAACAGGACUUCGGCUCUGGUACCGAAGGAGGAGGAGGAGGAGGCUCGAAUUCGGAAUACAGAUUGGGACAUUCGAUGCCCGGUGUCGCUUCUUCUUCCGGCGGUAUGGGUGCGAGAAAGAACUCGUUAGCGAACAUAUUCGGUUUAGGCUCGAAACAGCCUACGCCGUUGGAACCGACUCCAGACGCGCCGAAAUCGCAGCUUUCCGGAUUAACCGCCGCUUCUUCUCGAUCGGCGUCCAUGGAACUCACCAGAACAAACUCGAUGAGUGGCGGCGGUGGCGAAGAGGGUAGCGUGAGAGAUGGCGGCGGCGUGGACGAGUACGCAUCUCGUCGAGAACGUAUAUCCGGAAGAGAUGCGCCCAUUAGCGGCAACGCCUUCACGGGCAAAUGGACGCCUUUAGGGCAAGUGAAGCUCUUCGUCGUCAGUUGUGGAAAGUUGGUCAAGAUGAACAAAAGUGGUGAUGACGAAGAAACAAAAAGCUCUCCGAACAACAACGUCAACAACAAAAACAAAGCGUUUAUGCACCAGAGAACGAUGGAAAAACUCAAAUCGGGUUCGAGCACGCUGCACGCCCUCUUUAGCGAGGUCUCUUCCUCGAAGAAACCUCCGCAACACGGUGAUCAAGGUCUAUCCGGCCUCGCGCAUUCCGCGAGUGAAGCGUUGCAAAAGAGCGACGGAGAUGGAGACGGAGACGACAGCGAACGGGAAGCGCCGCCGGCGCACAUCACCAUGGGUAAAGAAGAAAAUACCAGCGAUGAUCAUCCGUCCUCGUCGUUCGAUAAAAUGAAAGAUCGAAGAAAAAGCCUCGGCGAUAAUCCAACUUCUCGGAAAUCGCACGACGGCACCUCGAAUAGUGGACCCGGAAGUAUAAGCAUGGUUCAUUCGCGAAGCGUCGAAGGUAUAGAUUCUGCUGUUGGUCAAGGUGUUUCAAACUUUAGCGAUGACGAAGAUGAUGCCGGAGAAGACCAGCAUCCGCUCACGCAGCAUACCACGCGCUUUUGA